UGUUGCCAGCGUUCGCAUUGUUGCUUGCAUGCUCUCGUGAACGCUUUGUGAUUUGUAUUUAACGGUAGUCAGAAAUUAGAGUGAACUUGUAGGCGGAAGGUGAAAGCCUCUAGGCGAAAGCAAAAAGGCACGCCGCACGAUCGUCUGCAAGCGACAGAACCCUGUGUUAAGACCACCUCAGCUAUUGGCAGCAUUGCUUCAGUAGAGACCCAUGCUGGGGCAUGCCAAGUCUCCGAUCCCUGCACUUGAGCUCUGCUGCUAUGCAAGCGGUUGCAAAUCGUCUCGGAACCCAGCUUCUUCCUGCAUCUGCGUCACACCACCACUUUUUUCAGUUUCCGCCAACCACCACUAGAUUUACACUCCCUAGAAGCGUUGUUUCGUGUCCUCCACCACCCCUUUCUAGUUGCAGCAACCCCAGAGCACGAUUGUAUGAUCCAUUCAAAACCUCUGUCACCCUUGCAACCAAUCGCCACUUCUCGUACGCACCGCAGCUUCCCAAUGUCUUGGGCGCUCGAACGCACCAAUUGGACGGCGCCAGCUCAUGCCUUCCUUUGAACCCUUGGGCGCCAAGACCACUUUCGGGGUUUCAGGGAGCUGAUCAACACAUUGCGCGGCGUCGCUUGGCGGCUCUGGUGAAAUCAGCGAUGGACCCGUCUCAAGUGGAGGUGCUCCAUACUCAGAACGCUCUGCACAAGCUCACAGUUAGCGACCUGCGGGAGUUCAUCAGGUUGAAAGCGAUCCAGGCCCCGUCGAAUGCGAAAAAGGUUGAGCUGAUAGCGUCCGUCAGCGAGUUCCUCGCAUCUGAGGAAAGCAUUGAGACUCUAGCUCAAGAGUCAAACACGGUGGCAGUGGCAGAAGAAGAGGUUCCAGCAAAAGACACACGCACCGCUUCUAAGAACAGGGCGGGAUCUCAAGUUGACGACACAGAGGGCAGUGUUGCGGCGGUUGGUCGGAAGUCUCGAAAACGAGGGGCCGGGGCGGCGAAAGACCGAGAGGCUUCCGGGGUGGUUCUUGCGGGGGAGGAUGCUCAAGAUGCAGUAUCGCCACAAAGAAGAAGUACACGCUCACGAAAAGACUCGUUGUCUCGACCUGCCGAAGAACCGCCCGCUCUUAGCAAAGCGAACGAGGUUGGGGAGGAAAACGGCCGGCCGAAGCGUGCCCGCCGGCAGAGCACUGGCAGCCCUGAAACGGCAAAAAAACCGCCCCCAUUGAAACGGAAGCCAAAGACUGGGGUUUUGAGUUUGACGCAAGCGCAGAGCACGGUCGAGGUUACGGAAGUUCAGAGUGAUGUCGUCGACGGGGCGUUGGUCGAGAAGAAGCGAACAAAGAAAACGACCGUUGCGCGCGGGUUCGGGCUGAAAGGCGACGUUGGGAAAGUUGAGAUUUCGCAGAGCGAGGAGUCGUGGAGCCACUUAGUGCACAAGAAAGCGGAGCCGGAUUGGAUCGCGUAUAACCCGGGGUUGAUGCGCCCCCCACCUCCCAAGGGGCCGUUCAAGAAGGUUGUCGGCUGGAAUGUGGCUGGGCUACGCGCGGUGUUGAAACUGGAGCGGCGAUGGUUUGACGAGAUCGCAGAGAAGGAACGGCCGGAUGUCAUCUGCUUGCAGGAGACCAAGAUCCAGGAGAAGGAUAUUGCGUCGGUCGAAGAGGGACUGCUCCCGGGGUAUCACAAGUUUUGGGCGACUAGUUCAGCGAAGCUGGGCUACUCGGGGGUCGCCCUCUUCUCCAAAGAGGAGCCCCUGUCCGUCCGAUACGGGCUGGGCAUUCCGUCGUUGGACGCGGAGGGCCGUCUGAUCACGGCGGAAUUCGCGGACUUUUUCGUGGUCUCCGCGUACGUUCCAAACUCCGGCGACGGGUUGAAGCGGUUGGAGGAGCGGACGCAAGUCUGGGACCCCGCACUGGCGCAACACCUCAAGGGACUGGAGGCGUCGAAGCCCGUGGUUCUGACGGGAGAUCUGAACGUAGCCCAUCAAGAGAUCGACAUCUGCAACCCGGAUGGCAACAAGCGGAGCGCUGGCUUCACCGUUGAGGAACGCGAGUCGUUCGAGCGUCUGAUAAUGGCCAACGGUUUCGUGGACACGUUCAGACGUCAGCAUCCGAAGGCGGUCGGGUACACGUACUGGGGCUACCGCUUCAACUCGCGCGCCAGCAAUCGAGGAUGGAGAUUAGACUACUUCGUUGUUUCAGAAAAGCUCGCGCCUCUAGUUCACGAUUCGUACACUUUACCGAACGUCUUGGGGAGCGAUCACUGCCCCGUCGGCUUGAUAGUAAAGACUUGACUCGAUCAAUGGCCGUAUCUUGAGAGUGCCUUCUUUGAGAUUCCUAGUUGCGCUUCGACCGACGCAGAGUUUGCACGUACUGAUACUUGAAGGUCUCGCGGAAUUUGGAUCACGUAGAACAGCAUGCUUUACAAUACCCCCAGAAAGAUGUGGGCGUUCGCAAAGGUGGCCCCUGUAUUGAUUGGGGCAAGCAAUGUGAGAAACCGUGACCCUAAGCAGCAGUAGAAAGGAGCGUCCUUAAAUGAAAGAUGAUUCGUGUUGAGUUUAUCAGUCUUUUUGAGCCA